AUGGAUGCUGACCAAGUGAACUCACACAAGAAGAAGCAGAACAGGACAUGUGUCAAGAAGCAGAACAGAAUCAAAACCCCAGGAGACCCUCCCAUCCUUUGCAUAUUACUCCUUCCUGGCAGCAUGAGUGCCCUCCCGACUUUGACUUCCGUGAAUUCCUUUCGCCUGUUUUUGGACUUUGUAUCAAUGGAACCUAACAGUAUGUGCCCUUUUGCAUCUGUUCUCUUUCAUGCAGCAUCCUGUUUGCAGGGUUCACCUAUGCCACUGCAUGCAGUUGAAGUUCAUUGUGGCUCAGUGCUGCUUACCAUUCCAUUGUGUGACUUCCACAGUUCACCUGCCCACUACUGA